GAGCUAGAGUUGCGCAUGCAGACCAGUAAGAGGCUUACGCCGACCAAAUCACAAUACAUGUAUUGCAUAUCACUGUGAUCAUUUCUCUCCAAAUAAGCCUAUGCCGACAGUUUUGUGGCCCUUACUUGAGCAAUGAACUAUCCAAGCUCUGAACCGAACGUUGAGCUUGUAUUUCUGAGAAACGUGGAUGAUAGAUUAGACCCAAAGGUCGCUCUAUUUUGCAAGCAGUGGAAGGAUCAUUUUCUAAAAUGGCGAUGCGAUGAUGGGCUUCAUGACUACAAAAAGGGGUGAUCCUAUCUAUGGAGGGAAAAAUCACCCAAAAAAUACGUCAGCUUAAUCCCCCAAAAUUGGUUAGAAAUUAGAAGAUGGUUAAUCACUGAAGCUUUGAUGUGAUGUAUGUCUUCAGCACCUUUUGGAAGUUGUCAGUAUAUUUCCCAAUUGUUGGAAGUGAGGGUAUUCAUCAUUGACACAGAGAGCUUAUAGCUGUGCAUUAUGGGAAAGAUCUAGAGUGCAUUCAGCACCUGCGCAUGUCGAAAGAGACUAUAGGCACCAAAUGAAUGCAGCAUAGCAGGCUCCGCCUUUCUGGCUUGGCGAAUCAAAUACGACCUCGCGUCGCGCUAGGCACGCUCGACAGCUCCGAUGCCAUUUGCAUCGUGUACUCUGUGCGCCAUUGAGAACUGAGCUGAGGGACUCAUACGGAAUCAAGCUGAGCUGGCUUUGGAUGUAUGUACAACAAGAGCGGUCGUCUGAAUGUGUGCAGCGCUAGGCGUCAGGUCUUUGUCUGUUGACCAGGGUGUGCGUGAAAUUCUCCACUUUCCUUCGGCAAAGACUCGGUUGCUUUCCACCAAUUUUACAUCUUGAUGGACACUGUCGCCCUCUUGAGAUCUUCAUAGCUGCAUACACGUGUGAGCUACAUAACUCAUCUGUCUUGAGUAAAAUAUCUACCAGUGUAUGAAGCCCUCUCAUCAAUGACAAGCCGAUUUCUGCAGUGAGACCCUCACUCAUUAUGAGUGGAGGUGAUGCUAUGCUUAGUUGUCACCUUUGUGGAUACUCGGCUACAUCUCCUGUCUAUCUCGCCCAGCACCAGAAACGCCACGGUGUAGAGUACGAAGGACCCUGGCGCACUUGUGAUCACUGUAAUUUUGCGACUAGAUCCGUGCAAGAUUUCCGGGCGCACUCUAAACAGCACCCUCGUGAACUGCCCCGGGAUUUCAGGUGCAGGGAUUGCGGACGGACCUACCAGACAUUGAAAAACUUUGAGAAGCACUGUAUUCAGGUCCACAAUAAGGAGCUAUCAAUGAUGGAAGAGGGGCGACACGUUGAAGGCAGUAGUGGUAAUGAAUCCACUGGAAAUACAUUUCAGUGCAGUGAGUGCGAAUUCACUUGCAAAAGCCAUGGCAGCAUGUGGUACCACCAAAAGAAGGUGCACCCAACCGAGGAAGACAAGCAGAAAGAGUGGCACUGUUGCCAGCUAUGUGGCCUGACGUUUGUCUAUAAGCAGAGGUACUAUGCCCACAUGGAGCAGUACCACGCUCUUUCCAUGGAUGAACCUGUAGAUGGUGAGGAGAUGCCUGUAGAUGACGGCUCCCCAUCCCAUGAAGGAGGUCAGUCCCCUUCCCCAGAGAAGCAUGAUUUGACACCGGGACAACUUAUCAUCAAGUCAGAGGCGUUAUCAGAUGGGGAACCGGAGGGGGAUUUAGAGCCAGAGGAAGGCACGUGGGUGGAUCAUGACGAUGAAAAUAUCAUGCUGUCUCACGGCGAGAUGGGAUCGGGUAGUAGACCCAGCAGUGAAGGUGAUGUCGACAUUGAGAACAGAGGCUCUGCAAAUGGCAAUGACGAAUCACCGCCGAGCCUGAGACAGAUGCUUGAGAGAGGCCCGAGCCCUGGCAGGCUUGGGGGUGGUGACGGUUCCUAUGAAGUUAGACCAGGUGGUGUUGGAUUCCCUUGCGACGACUGUGACUUUGUUGGGGCCUCUUCAAGUGGACUGUGGUACCAUCGCCGUAAAGUACAUGAGCCAAACAAAAUGGCCACUUGUCCACACUGCGAUUAUACGGCAGUGAGUAGUAGAGAUGUUCAAAAGCACUUGCGCAAACAUACCAAUGAACGGCCUUUUGAUUGUAAGUACUGUGAACGCAAUUUCAUUCAGAAAAACCAUCUGUUUAAUCACAUCAUUACAAUCCACAAGGGGGAAAAGCUUCCCACAGAAGUCUCUGAAAGUAGCGGAAGUAAUGCGAGAGUGAGUCCCUCCCAGUCACCGUCCCAAGAGAGUAACCGGCCUUUUACAUGCAAUCAGUGCGGUAGGGCCUUUGCUAGAAAAAACCUGUUGCAAUUGCACAAGAUGACACAUGGUGUGGUUCAGGACCAAAAAGAGGAGGACGUCACUGUUGAUGAGCAAGAUUUAGAGGAAAGCGCUGCUGAGGGAAUGGAACAUGAUUCAGACGUUGCCGGCCCAAGUGGUAUUCAGAAACAAGUGAAGCUUGUUGCUGAGCAAUGCCAGUGUACCAUUUGUCAGAAAUCGGGGCCCAAUAUGGUCGGGUACAAUUAUCUGAAAGAAGGCACUGCGCCCAGUGGGAAAAAAAGAUUUGAGUGCUCCUUGUGCAGAAAAAUAUUCUCGGCCCUUUGUAAGUGCUUGGGCCACAUCAAACUGCUUCAUGCAAACGCCAGUGGGAACCCCUACAAGUGCAGGAAUUGCGGGAAGUGUUUUCUGGCAGUGACCUCCCUCUGUGGUCACAUGAGAGCCCACCGCGAACGCAAGAAGUUCAGCUUUCAGUGCGGCAUCUGUGAGAAGGUGUUUCAGAUCGGGGAAGCCCUCAAAAGGCACGUGGUCGCCUUUCACAGCAAGGCUAUCUCCAAAGAGGCUCUGGCAGCCGCGGCUAAACAGAGUAACAGACUCAAGCUAAAAAUCAGAUUGCCAAAGCUUGCGGACAAACUGUUAGCGGACAAAUUAGCAGGUGGUAGAGGGAAGGGACAGCAAGAAGGCCUGCAGGAGGACAAAACCACUGGACAGUCAAUGGCAGCCAAGAAACGUGCACUGCCCAAAACAAUGACUUGUAACAAGUGUGGCCAGAGCUUUACUCAAGGUAACUCGUACGUUCGGCACAUGUGCAAGCACCUGAACAUUGUUCCCUUUGACUGUAAGAAGUGCGGGAAGCUUUUCUCUUCACAAGCUGUCCUGAAGGCCCACAUGCAGCAUCAUAACAAUGCCCAGAUGUACCAGUGCAUCAGAUGCCCAUUCAGAGCCAAAUACCUCACUCAACUCUACACGCACAUGGAGAAGCACUUCGGUAAAGGUGUGCAUGGUUGUGUGUACUGUACUACCCGGUUCACCAAGAAGUCCAACAUCAAGAAGCACAUCCUAACCAAGCAUCGGGGGAAGCGUCUGGCUUUUGAGGACUACACUGCAACUGUACAAGCCGAUGACGAAGACAUCGUCAACGAGGAAGGCGAUUCACAGGAGGAUGUUCCCAAUGAGCCAGAUGUCAUGGAUACCACCCCUCCGCCACAUCCAGUGAAUGUGUAUCCAGCACCAGCUGCAGCCAGUCCGAACAGACCUACUCCUUCUAAACAGCCGGUUGUUGGUAACAUGCGGGUGGAAAUCUCUCAGCCAGACAGCAGUCAGAUUGCAGAAGACCGUCCUCCGAGCACUCUCAGCUCGGAAGGGUCCGUUCACACCAGCGUAUCGGCCUCUCACAACCCAAGCAAGACCCCCACGCAUCAAGCCAAAGAGGGCAAAGGGCAAACUAUGCCUUCCCCGGCUUCUAAGAAAGAAAUGGCAUCUGACCAGAAGUGUGCUGAUUGCCUGUCCAAAACCUCGAGCAAUCUGAAAUGCACCCAUUGCGGUAUAAUAUUCCUGGAUAUGGUCAUGCAUACUAUUCACAUGGGCUGGCACGGUCGUAACGAUCCAUUUGAAUGCCAUACCUGUGGUCGUAACUGUGGCGAUAAGUAUGGAUUCAUUACUCAUAUCUUUAGAGAACCUCACAAUUGAUCAUGUCCAGGGGAAUAAACCUGGCUGAAAAAGAAUGCAAUGACUUAAGUAAUCAUGCACUUUCUAUGUUACAUUGUAUAUCUUUUUGUAAGUGUUGUGUCAAGUAGUGUUUUUCUUAUCCUGUUCAAUCCUUUUAACUACAUUGUAAUUAAUUUGUGACAGCUUUACUGUACUGGUGUUGAGGGUUGAAAAGUUGAUGUGAUGCAUACUGUAUUAUAGCUGUUUGUGUCUUGAACUGUAUGUUAGAUAUUAUUGAGAAUACAUGUAGACCUGAGUUUGCUUCGGAGACUAAUUCUGCUUGCGAUCGCCAUCGAAGUACUGUAAAAUAUUACAUAUAUUGUAUCAAAAAAGAAGAAAAAAACUUCUGCAUUUUCUAGCAGUAUUGCAUAUGCCAGAAGUAGAUGUUCAUUGUACGUGUUGUGAAAGACUAGAUUUUUUUAAUGGUUUGUUUCAUGUUUGCACUUGUGUUUUUUUAGUAUGUACUUUUGAUUUUAGAAUAACGUGUAUGGUUAUGUGAGCACUUGUACAGCAUAUGUGGACAUUCCCAAUGACAAUUGGUUACCAGUUAGAAAUCAAGCAAUGGUAUUGCUUUCGACUGGUUGUCCCCUGAUUUUUGUUCAGCACAAAACUUUGCUAAACAUUACAUUUGCUUAGAAAAUUCGGCAGAAAAGUAGACGAGUUGUCACAUUUUUGUAUUUCAGAUAUGUUUCAAAUCUAUAGUUGCAAAUGUUGACGUGCGUUAACAAACAUGUACAUGUACAGCAGAAUUUCAUGUAGCAAGUAGCCUGGAAAAAAACAGGGGCAGAGUUCGUGGCACUGCUUCAUGAAUAAUAGAAAUAUUUUGCAAAGUAUAGCAACACUGUUUAGCUUAUACUCUUUGGCUCGAGAAACAGAGACAGUUUUGGGAUACAUGAAGUUGAAGAUGUUAUGUCCGUGCUAUUUUUGUUUUUGUUUUUUUAAAUUGCCGAUUUUUUAGUCAAUACAAAAGUACGUCACUUUUGUAUGAGACAACAACAAAAAUAAGCCCACUUAUGUGAAACACUUCUGUGUAAAAUUUAGAAUUAUUUGUGGCCUGACAAUAAUUCAGUUCUCGCAGGGUAGACUGGUUCCCGACCCACUAUCAGAAUCGAUAAUGUAGGGAUUGGGGGCAAGGCCUUUCACAGGGCAGAUCUGCAGGGCCCUAUUUUAUGGCUACGCUCACCGUGUGCAAAAAAUUCCUGCUUACCAUGGCAUAAAACUCUGUGCUUACGGUAAGCGUAUACCGGGUUAGCAAGGAUUUUUGGCUUAUGUGCAUGCGCACAUUCCGUACCGAAGGAUUAUAUGCUUACAGUUACAAGGUUAGACAGGGUUUUUUCUGCUAGCGCUGUUAGCACAAAAUGGUGAUCGUAAGCACUGAAUUCUGUGGUUAAGCAGAGCCAUGAAAUUUGGCCCAGUUUUGCACAAAAGCAACCCAAACUGAGGGUUGGAGAAGCCCAAACUAGAAAAAAAUGUAUGUUUUCCUUUUAAAAUAAGAAACACUAGUUUAAAAAAGAUGUUAUGCAAGAAAAAUAUUUAUUGAAGAGCAUGGACAGUACAUCUUCAAAGUAUCUGUGUUUUGUGCACUGCUUACAGUCUUUUUUUAAAGAAGGACUCUGUUAGUAGAAUUUAGCGCAGAGACGUUUGGCUUAGCAACAAGGUGUUAGCAGCCUAAACUGCAUGAGUUGCAUAUUGCUUAUGGCUGGUCCAAUCCCCACCUGAUUUUUGCUUGCCACAAAAAUAUGCUCAGCUAUAUACAUGUGUAUUCUCCUAAUUUGAAGCGCCUUGAAUUUGGUCUUUAAAUACGUUGUGAAGUGUUAACUGAAAAGAAAACCUUUUAAUUGUGCACACAGGCAAACUAUUGUAGUACUUUGUUUUUAAGGUUGAGUGAAAAAUGAAAGUUUAGAAAGACUUGAGGUUUCAGAAGUUGCUCUUUUUGUAGAGUUUUGUUGUCAGGUCUUGUGAUAAGUCAAGUGUCAACUGUUAUACAGUUGACUGACAACAUAUCACUCAGCUAGUUAUAGACAUAUUUGGUUAAACCCAGUUUGGGUAUUGUGCAAACAAAUUGUUUUGAAUACAUAUACAAUGUACAUGUAUAUAUUGCAGAUGUAAUUUGAAGAAUUGUCCCCGAUAAUUUUACAUUUUUUAGUAAAACUAGAGAGUAAUUCAUUGUUUUAUUUAUUUUUUGUACAAUGUAUAUAUAUUAGGCUGGGUUGUGGUAUUUCUUUGAUUACUGGACUCUACAUGUAUAAUGCCUGGGUCAUUAAGCAUCUUAAAUGUAUCAAUGCACAUUAAUAUGUCCAUGUAAUGGAGUUUCUUUGCUGGAGACCUUGACGUGCACUAAUUUAACACAUCUUCAUAUUGCUGCGUCAAAUUUCAAUAACUGUUUUACUAAUUUGUUUAAGAUGUUUUUCUUCUAGACUAAACGACACUGUUGCUAUAUCGUGAUAUGGACUAGAUCUUGCACAGUUAUUUGGAAAUACGUGCAGCAUGUAUGCAUGGUACUCAUGUGCAGGUACAAUGUACAAUGUAUAUAGGAACAGUGUAUUUAAUCUCGAUAUUUAGAUUUCAAUUCACAGUCAGAAAUAUUUAAGAAAAAAAAAUUGAGACAUUGUUCAUAUUUAACUCACCAAUUAUUUAUUUGCAAUAAAUUUAAAUGUUGUUUAUUGUAAUAUAAAAGAGGUAAUUACGACGUAAUUGUUGGCAAUUCGCAAGAACAGGAAAGAGACCGAUCAUUAAGCCCUGCCCCAUUUGUGUUGUGACCAAUCACAGCUGUGAUUUAUGUCCCACAUAUUCGUGCGCUAAAGUUAUUAAUUGCCCACGUGCGCAGUGGGCGGGGCUUACUGGAUCGGUCAGAGCCAAUCACAAGUCGAAUGACGGGCACGUGACAAGUCACCACAAACAGGCGGUGAACAGUGACAAAGGAAUGCUACUGUCAAAGUUCAUUCGAACAACUUUUCACUUGACUUGAAACUUGGAUGACUUGUGAUUGACUUGAUAAUAACUACGUACGUGGUAAAGCAACCGUCCAUUGUUAACUGCAAAAUAACCUUGCCUGUUUUUUUUCUCGUAUUUCUCAUGUGUGUUUCAACUUUCGUUGGUUGUAUUUUGCCAUUAAGGACUCGAGUUAAAACAUGGACGAAAGGAAUAGACCCUCCAUGUGUCCAAAAAAAUAAGGAAUUCAGUUACAUUUUUUUAAAUCCUUGUUUGUCUUUCAAGCUGUGUUCGUAACUCCCGAUAUCAUCCCUCUUAUAACAAUGCAUAAAUGAAUACAUUUGUAAUUGCAAAACUUGUUGAAAAAUGGCAAACAUUCUGUUAAGAAAUAAAUCUUUAAUAGUAAGAGUUACAACCGUUAAAA